AUGUCCAACAGAAAUGUAGCUCGGACGGUUCGACAGCGAAAGCUGAACCCCAAGCAAGGACUGCACAUCAUACGAGAGAGCGAGAUCGAAGAGCAACAAGAUGAAGAAGGUCAACGACAGGUGCAUCAGGUGGAGACCGGUGUGGAAAAGGCCGAGGAAGUGGAAUACCAUCUCCAAGCCGUGAUCAACGCCUCCAAUGCUGCUGCGCUGGGCGUAAAGACACAGCAGUCCUACAUUCCUACUCCAGAUGCCAUACCAGCCAAGGACGUCAAUUAUGAUGAGCUGUACCCGCCGGUCUUCAAGGAACCGUCGUCUUACAUACGCUUCAGCUCGACGGUGGAAGACUGCACUGGUCCGCCGUAUUGUAUGAACGAUGAUGACCUUGAGUUCCUUGGCAAGCUGAACGAGGGUAAGGAUGUCGACGGUCGAGAUCGCAAGGACAAACUCGGCCAGUGUUCCGAGAUCGUGUUCGAGGAAGUGAUGAGCGUAUUCGAGGAGAGCAGCGGCAAAUUACAACCGUAUGCUAACGUCGACAAUGCUCCGAUACCUUCGCUUGAGGAGAUCGAGCGGUCGCAAGAGGAUGAAGUCUCGGAUGAUGUGUCGAAGUGGAUGAAGCCCAUAUAUCGGCAUUGGGUACAGAAGAAGACCAACCGUACGCUCAUGCCGACAAUCAAGGUACGAGUUCUCGACACGACUUCGGAAGCUGACGACGCGGACCCGUAUGUGUGCUUUCGACGUCGCGAAGUACGACAAACCCGCAAGACCCGAGGCAGAGAUGCCCAGGUCGUUGAGAAGCUCAAGAAGCUCCGUCUUGAGGUUGAGCAAGGUCGGCAAAUGCUUCGCCAGAUCGUGGAGCGCGAGCAUCUGAAGGCAGACAGUCUCUCGCUUGAUCGAAGAGUGUUCAAUGACCGCAAGGAGCUCAAGCAAGUCAAGGCAGCCAAGAGCAUCAUCGGCGACAAAGGCGAUGAUGAGGAGUUGCUCGUUAACCAGAAACCAACCAAGCAGCCAACCAAGGUCCCGAGAGAGCAGCGUCCGAGUACCAUCAGGAUAAAGUCCAAUGGUGAUAGCAGGUCUGCUGCGCCAGACGUUGAUCUGCCGUUACUUGAAGAGUGGCAAGAAGAGAGCCAGCGCUUCGUCCUCAACACUAUCGAUGCACGUAAAGAGCAGCACAAGAAGUGGAAUCAGCAUUGGAUCGAUGAGACCAAGUAUCCUCUUACACCGCCUGCGGAAGAGGACAACCCCAUGGAUAAGUGGGCACAAUUUCCAGCCGAAGGCAUUCAUGCCUACCCGUCGCCACCACCAAGCUUGCCAUCGCAUGGCAGUCAGGAUACAGGCGAUGUAGAAAUGAAGGAUGCUGUCGUUAAGGUCGAGGAUGCCGACCAGACCAUGGCCGGUGCUGAGCCGGAGAGUCCUCCGUUCAUCUUUCAUAUUCCAGGAUCGUUCCCGUUGUCUGAUGUGGAAUCAGAGGACGAAGAGUCAGAGAGAGCAGCGCAUCCAGCUUGUCGUCUCCGUGUAGGACGAGGUGGCCGCUGCCAUCUUGAGGCUCGCAAGCGUAAACCGUAUGGCCAGCUGAGCAGGGGUGUGGUGUCCGACUCGGAGAGUGAUGAUGACGAUGGGCCAGAUUACUUUCCCUUGUCCGAGCGCAUCACAUUCGAUUAUCGCUCGGCCCUCAAUAAUCGCCCGACUCGUCCAGAGCUGCCGCACCAGCAGUCUUCAGGAAGUCAUCAGCGCUGGGCCAGCGGCGACCAGUCUGCUUUGAUUGGAGGACAGCCAGGAUCGAGUGGAUCACAGCAGACGCCUGUUGCAGGCUCUUGA